GUGAGGUUGAUAAUUUGGGGAAAAAGGUGAGACCUUUGUAGAACAUGCUUGAAAUGGAAACCCUCAAUACCUCAGAAGCCCUAGAGGAGGGCUCUGUGGUGUCAGAACUGGAUGAAGGUCAAAACCCAUGUGAUAAAACCCUAGAAGAAGCUUCAGGAUUGUCUGGUUUGAGUAGGGGUACUGGGUUAGUUUUGGCUUGUGAGGUCUCUGCCGGUGAAAAUGGUAGUGGGUUUAGCUUUACUAGUAAUAAUGUGGAAAUGAACAAUGUGAAAGCCAUAAAUAGUUUUUUACUUGGUGAAGUUCAGAAGGACUAUUUGGGAGAUGAAAGUGUUGCUGAAGGAAGUCCGAUGGAAAGUGGUUCUUUGGAAUCUGAUUCUGAACGAAAAAGGUUAGUUUUACCACACAGCAAUGGAAUGGAAAUUAAUGAGGGUUCAGUUAUCGAAGUGGGUCCAAAAAUUAGCGGGAGAGAGGAGAUUGGAGUUGAGAAGGUUGUGAUGGGUAAGGAUAUGGAAGAAGAAAUUGCACCGCUGUUGCACGGGGUUGAUUCAACUAAGAAUAUAGAAGUUUCCGGAGAUGGUAUUUCUCUAUUUGUGGAAGUUUUCGGUCCUCUGAAUGGGAUUUUUGAAGGUGAUGAUGCAAAUGAUAUAACAGAUCAUGCAUUGAAUGGGAGCGAAUCUGAUCAAGAAAAUAAGCACAAGGGGAUUAGGCUGUUGUUGCCUGUUAAUGAGGAAUAUCCAAUUGCCAAAAGCUCAGAGAUUCACGAAGGCGUGCUUGAUGAGGCAAAAAAUAGCCCUGUAGAGGGUAAAGCAAAAGAAGAAUUGGACAAUGGUGAUCCAGAAUACCAGUUUUCUGAGGGUGAUUUAGUAUGGGUUAAAACAAAGGCACAAUCCUGGUGGCCUGGACUGAUUUAUAAUCCUUCAGGUGCAUCAAAGGAUGUGACAAAGUCAGAUCAAAGGAGCUGUCACCUAGUUAAAUAUUUCGGGAAUGGUAAUUGUGUUUGGUGCUCUCCAUCUCAGUGUAAGCCUUUUCUUGAGUGCUUCGAUCAGAUGUCGAAGCAAAGUGACUCAAGAAACUUUGUUGUUGCUGUAGAGAAGGCUGUUGGUGUGAUUGGUCGGCGUGUAAAUAUGGAGAUGACUUGUCCAUGUUGGUUGACUGCUCUCUUGGCUACUGGAAUUAAGGAAGGAACCUCAGUGUCAGAGAACAAAACAGGUGAACUUUGUGAAUUUUCGGCGACUCAGUUUGAACCUGCCACUUUUCUUGCAUUUAUCAAAAAUCUUGCCCUGGAUGUUUCUAUGCCUGGUAUGAUUGAGUUUACAGUAAUCCAGAACUGUUUGUUUGCCUUUGAUCGUUCCAUAGGGCAUCACCAACUGCCUAUGCACAAACUCAGGCCAACAGGUGAUGCUAAAGAUAGCAUUCCGGAUGGGUUGACAUCAGAAAAGAAGGAUGAAAACCUGACUAAGUUUUGUGGAGGGGACAGUGAUAUUGUAUUGCAAAAAUGUGGGAGGGGUGUUGCUGAAGAAAGAAUUAUCUCAAGUGAUACAGAAAUAGAAUCCAGAAAGGGAGAGUCAAAUGGCAGUGAUGGAACUGAUCUUGGUGGCUGUAAAAUGGUUGCAUGUGAGGUGGUGAUGACCAGCCUCUUAAAACCUCCAAAAGCAAUGGAGGGUGGAGAGUCUGGCAUAGGAAAUAGUGAUGGGGGAACCGAAGAGAGAUCUGAUAAAGGCUAUGAGACACGGGAACGGAAGAGGAGCAAGUAUUUAUCACCUCCUUUUGUAAACUUGAGCUGGAGUGGCAAAGAUGCACCUACUUCAGGGGAACAUGAGAAAGAGGACCGCAAGGAGGUUUCUCAUGUUGGAGUGGACAUGAACAAGCCCGCUGGCCAGUCUGUGGGGUCCACUCCAAUGGUUGAGUGUAGUGGCAAGAAGUCACGGAAAAAGUUGUCCAGGAAACCCGUUGCUGGGCAUGGUGUACUCAAUAAACCAGUUGAAAUAAAUGCAUCUUGUGCUGAAUUGCUCUAUGAACUCCGUUUUACAGCUCUAGAUUGUCUAUAUGCAAGUAAAAGGAGAUAUUUUGAUUCAGUUGAAAGAUUCUUUUCUGAAUUUAGAAGAUUUGUAUUUCAUGACAAGUUUAAUAAUGAAAUGCCUACGGUGCAUACGGUUGUUCAGCAGGAGCCUAACCUGGAGAUUAAUUGUCUCCAAACCUUACCUAAUCUGAUGGAGAAGGAAAUUGGAAUGGAAGAAGCGAAUGUAGAGCAUUUGUCAACCAUAAAAACUUCUGGAAAACCAGAUGCGAAUAAAGUCACUAAUAGCAUUAACUCAGCAGGAGAAGUGAUGAACUAUUCUUCAUCCAAUGUUGUGCGCAAGAGGGGGAGAAAGAAAAAGGAAAAAGCAACUUUGGUCGUUUUGGAGACCACUCCUAUUGCUGGCUUAUCAGGCAUGAAUGAAAACACUACUACAAGUGGCUCAAUGAUAAUAAAUUUCCAGCAGACAGGCCUUCAAGCACCCAUUGGUGGAACCAUGCUGAAGAAGAGAAAGGAGGAAGUAAGAGGCACUCCUAAUACUGGCUUAUCGGGCAUGAAUGGAAACACUACUACAAGUGGUUCAAUGAUAAUAAACUUCCAGCAGAUGGGCCUUCAAGCACCUGCUGAUGGAUCCAUGCUGAAGAAGAGAAAGGAGGAGGUAAGAGGCACUCCUACUGCUGGCUUAUUGGGCAUGAACAGGGACAUUACUACAAGUGGCUCAAUGAUAAUAAAUUUCCAGCAGACAGGUCUUCCACAGACAAAAAUAAUGGCGGAAAUACCAGAUUUGAAUGGAAAUAACGCUAGCUUGUCAGUUGAAGAUAUGCAGAUUACAGGUCCUGUUGCAUCUCAAGGUAAACUUCAGCCAAAGAGGAGAAAAAGUAGUGAGGCAGCAGCUUCGGAGCAUGCGAAGACUCAAAGCUCCAAACUUGCCCCAUUUUUGAAAGACGUGCCGGUAGGUGUUGUAUAUUCGCUCCAAAGUAUUGAUGAGCUGAAUGGUAGAGAGCAAAUGAAUGAAGCUGCUUCAUUGUGUCUGAAUACUGUACUUACGGCUGGGCAACCAGGCGCUAAUGGGAACAAUGCGGAACCUAGCUCGUUGGUGAGAGACUCGCUGCUGAUGGGCCCGUUAUCUUCUGGUGGUAAGCCUGAGUGCAAGAAGAGGAAGAGAAAGGAGAAAGCUUCUGAUUCUCUGAAGUCUACGGUUACUUGUUCCAUACCAGAUUUGAAUGGAAAUGUCACUGAACCCAGCUCAAUAGGUAAAGAUCUGCCAUAUACGAAUUGCAUUUUGCCUGAAGCUAAACCCCAGCGAAAGAGGAGGAGGAGAAGUAAAGCUGGUGCUGGGAUGCCAAAUGUAAUUGUAAAUUAUAGCAAAAUGCCAACCAAUGAAGAAGCUUUGGGGACUGCACUUCUCUUAAAUUUUGCUCCCGGAUCUCCCUUGCCUUCAAGGGAAGUACUGGUUGCAACCUUUUGUGGGUUUGGACCAUUGAAGGAAUCAGAAACCCGGAUGUUGAAUGAUGUUAGUGCCCAGAUUGUAUUCUCAAGGAGUUCUGAUGCUGGAAACGCGUUGCAGAGUUUGGAAAAAAGCAGCCCUUUUGGGCCAGCCCUUCUCAGUUAUCGCCUCCAUCAUCUUUCAGCUGCUGCUACGAUACUGUCCUUUCCGCCUAUGGAUAGAUUCAAGUCCCCAGCGAAUCCUCCUGGUUUUAAACCUCACCAACACCAAGGUGAAGCGCCUGAUCUUUUGCACAUAAGACAGAAUCUUGAGAUGAUGACAUCUACGAUGGAGAAAUCAGGGGAUAAUCUUUCACCAGAGAUGAGAGCCAAGUUGGAGAGUGAGAUUAAAGGCCUACUGACGAAAGUAAGCACCAUGGUUGGCUCUUCUUCCUCUUCGUAAGUUAAUUGGUAAAUUACGGAUCUCUCGAUUUAAGCUGUUUGUAAGUUCAUCGACUCUAUGGUAAUUGGGGCAUGCUUGCGUCCCUGUUCUGUUCCUCCUCAUUGUUGAUGCUAUGUGUGUGUGUAUGUGUUAAUAAUCUGCAGAGGUAUACUAUAAAGGGAUA